AUGAAACAAGGUCGAGAAUGUGGAAAUUAUCAUGAGAUUGGACACCAUGAUUCGAGGCGGUUUGGAGGCUUGAGCCGGUGUCUUGGCCUUAAGUUCCGGCUCGUCGUCGCUGCUGCUACCGGUUCUUCCGUCUCCACUCCAGUCUCUUCUUCCACCGGUUCCUCCUCCUCGGCUGGCGGCGUUCAUCACCCCCUCGCCAACCGCCUCCUCUGCUGUAAUCUCCAUCGACGGUGGCGGUGUUUUCGUAACACAUAUCUCAAACCAGAGGGCGAGUCACCCUUCGACCCCUUCUACUUCCACAUCAUCCACACGAUCUUCGCAGACGGCUUCCACCUCGGUGGGCCCCAGUUGUCGACCAAGGGCGGGGUCUGGCCCGACUGGACCCACUAUCUCAAGCCCUCUUUCCGAGAUAUUGUCCACAAUCCGAUGGACCUCUCGCCUAGAAUGGUGUACGCAACGGCAGUCUGUUUCAGAGGAACAUGGAGUGAGAAAUUCGACGAGAAUCUAACAACAGAUGCUGACUUCCACCUCUUAAACAGCACCGGCGUUGGCGUCCCCUUCAUGACCAACGUGUGCAAUCAGCGCGUUGGCGCCUUCGACAGAUUCUCCAUGUACACCUAUCUUCCGGAUGCCAAAGAUGGGGUGCCUUAUUUGAUCGAGAGAAUCUGCUUCGAGCUCGGGUUUGUAGACAGCCAUCUCCCUCACGAGGAGGCGGUGACUCUUGAUGAAUUUCGCGUACCCAAGUUUAAGAUAGGUUUCGAUUUGGAGGCAUCUACGGUGUUGAAGGAGAUGGGAGUGAUUGUGGACGAAUCGUUGCUUGGCGAGGUACUGCUUAGGGCGUUUGUGGUGGUGAAUGAGGAGGGCACCGAAGCCGAGGGAGAGACAGUGUCUGCGGGCUUAGGUUUGGCCUGUCCGAUGAUGGAUAAGAAGGCGGGGCUGAGAUUCGUGGCGAACCAUCCUUUCGUCUUCACCAUUAGAGAGGAUAUGAGUGGGGUAGUACUUCUUCAUCGUCAGCUGCUCGAUCCCCUUGCCGAAGCAUCAUUUGGUAUCUUUCGAAACCCAGAUAGGAUUUAGUCAAGUUUUAAUUCCUUUUCUACAAUUAGUAUAUAUGAAUGUCCAUUAUGUAUCAGACAAAUGUUUACCAGUUCGAA